AUGGUCAGAGUAUCCAGACAGAUUGGGUCAGUCAUUAACGAUAUCGAAGAGAAGCGUUUGGGUGUUAUCUAUGCAGUACAAAACAAAGAUAUGAUAACAACAUCGGUGCAGGAUCAGCGUGUGAGGAUAUCAUCUCAUUACACAGAUGUCAUAGAAAAACCUAUGAUUGGAAAAAUCGCGCCGAUAAAAGGGUAUGAAAAUGAGCCACUUGUAUCACUUGAGAAGGCGAUUGAGCCGAUAGCUCACCUGUUCAACAGCGAAAUAUGGGAUAAUGUUGAGACUGCUAAAGAAAAAUGCAGACAACCCGCCGAUAAUUUAACUCAGGAUGAAUCGGCGUCGAUCUAUUUGUAUACAAUGGAGUUCGACGGCUCUUCUCUUUAUCUAUUAUUGAAUCAAACACUUCGUUCCAAAGAUACAGUACGUCUGAAGCCGUGGUUUUUAUUUGUAAAACUGUUUCUGACUGCAUUAUACAAAUUGCCGUCAAAAGUUCUUACUGUUUGGCGUGGUAUACGCAAUGUGGGUGUGGAUGUGGUAGACACAUAUCAUUCGGGAAUAAAAUUCGUUGAGUGGGCCGUCACUUCAUGCACUGAAAAAAUGGAAGUACUGGAAAACGAGCAGUUUCUGGGUAACAGUGGCAUGAGAAUAUUGUUUUCCAUUCACUGUAUUAAUGGGAAAUCAGUGUCGUCUCAUUCACAGUUUAAAAGCACAGAAGAAGAAAUAAUUCUUAUGCCUGGCUCCUUUCUGAAAGUUACUGGCAGUUUGAAGGUACGUGACAUGCGCAUUGUUCAAUGUAAGGAAAUAAGACCAACAAAUCCAUUGAUCGCACCGCCGUUUAUUAGGCCGAAACAACCGACGAAGCAAAUACAAGUCCAUAAUAGUGGAUCAAUUACAGAAGCGCCAAUUAAAAUCGUUCAACAAGCAUGGACGGCUCCUAUUCCAAAAAAUGAAUCGGUCAUAAAAACGGAAGAGAUAUCGCCGAAGCCUGUAAUCUCACAUGUUGAAUAUCCACCAUUGACAUUAAUUUAUUUUAUUGGUGGUUUGGAAGCGAUCUUUACCCUACUAAUUUUCAUCUUAGAAAUUGUUAGUCUAGCAAAGUCAUCAGCACCCAUUUACAGACCAACCGGUUGCGGCAUUUGGUGUACAGUUCCAUUUAUUCUAGCAAUUAUUACGGGUACGUAA